CGCGCCCCGAUCCUCCGCCCCGCCCCUGACCUGAGUCCAGGGUGCGCGGCUCCGCGCUAGGAGACCGGGGACCCGCGCCUCCGCCCCGCCCCCGCCCGGCGCGUGGAGGCCGCUUGGAUCGCUGUCGCCGCGGUAGCCGUCCGCGCGGGAUGACCUGGGACGGCUGUGGGAGCUGGCUGCCGCAAGAGGUCUGGGGGCUCCGCCGGCCCGCCGAGAGGUGGCUGCUGUCCGUCUGGGCCUUAUCUUACUCCUAAAGGACAAUGUGAUCUCCCCCUUAUGCGAUCAUUCCUCUCACCUCUUCCUCACACUGUGCCUGGCAAGGCAUCAGUGCUGAAGCAGUGCUUUGCAAACUUUCGGGGGCAUCGGAAUUUCUCGGGAGAUGUUCAGAUGCAGAUGCCUAUUUGGCAGGAGGUGAGCCAAGACCUGGAUUUUGCUCCGGAAAUCUGUCCACCCGCUUCUGUAACCUGGCGCUAUGCAUUCGGAUCCUGGGCCCUUCCACACACUGCUCUCUGGUAUUCUUCUGACUCUGUGCUCUUCCGUGGGUUCAGACUUGGCACCUUAUUUCGUUUCUGAGCCACUGUCUGCGGUCCAGAAACUUGGUGGACCUGUAGUUCUGCAUUGUUCUGCUAAACCUGUGACUGCUCGUAUCACGUGGUGGCGUAAUGGGAAGAGACUGGAGAGAAACUUGGAACAGAUUAAGAUUCAUCAGGGGACUUUGACUGUUCUUUCUCUCAGCCCCUCCCUUUUGGGGGACUACCAGUGCAUUGCCAACAAUAGCGUCGGCGCGGUUGUGAGUGGCCCUGCCACAGUGUCCCUUGCAGUUCUUGGUGAUUUUGAUUCAUCCACAAAGCAUGUUGUUACAGCAGAAGAAAAAAGGACUGCUUUCAUUGGCUGCCAGGUACCAGCCAGCAACCCCAAAGCCGAGGUGCGCUACAAAGUUCGGGGGAAAUGGCUGAGACAUUCCACAGAGAAUUACUUAAUCCUCCCGUCGGGAAAUCUUCAGAUCUUGAAUGUGUCCGUGGAGGACAAGGGGUCCUAUAAAUGCGCAGCUUUUAAUCCCGUCACACAUGAGUUAAAAGUCGAACCCACUGGCCGAAAGCUCCUUGUGAGUCGCCCUUCUUCAGAUGACUUUCACAUUCUCCACCCCACCCUUUCGCAGGCACUAGCUGUACUUGCUCAUAGUCCUGUAACCCUGGAGUGUGUGGUGAGCGGGGUCCCCACUUCUCAAGUGCACUGGCUGAAGGACGGUCAGGAUGCCAUGGCGGGAAGCAAUUGGAGGAGGUUGUACUCUCAUCUCGCCACGGAUAGCAUUGACCCCGUGGAUGCUGGAAAUUAUUCCUGUAUGGUGGGAAGCACGUCUGGAGAUGUGAAACACGUGACUUACACGGUUAGCGUGCUUGAACAGGCUUCCAUUUCUAAAGGACUGCAGGACCAGACUGUGUCUCUGGGCGCCACCGUGCAGUUCACGUGUGAGGCUCGUGGGAACCCGCCCCCCAACCGUACCUGGCUUCAUAACGCACGGCCCGUCCACCCUUCCCCACGGCAUCUCACCACAGAAAGCGGAUUGAAGAUCAGCGAUGUCACCGUGGAAGACUCUGGCCUGUAUCAGUGUGUAGCAGAUAAUGGAAUUGGAUUCACGCAGUCUACUGGGAGACUUGAAAUUGAAAAAGCAGACAGUGGACUCAAGCCGGUUAUAGUUACAGCACCGGCAAGUACCCAGGUGGUGGACGGAGACUUCCUGACUUUGUCCUGCAAUGCCACGGGAGUGCCGGUUCCUGCCAUCCGUUGGUACCACAGGCACGGUUUGAUCACCAGCCAUCCGUCUCAAGUCCUUAGAUCUAAAUCCCGAAAAUCACACUCGCCAAGACCUGGGGGCUUUGACCUGGAGCCUGUCUACUUCAUCGUGUCCCGAGCUGGCUCAAGCUCUCUGUCCAUCCAGGCCGUCACCCAGGAGCAUGCUGGGAAGUACACCUGCGAAGCUGCGAAUGAGCACGGCACCGCGCAGUCUGAGGCUGUGCUCACAGUGGUUCCUUCUGAAACAAGUACAAAAUCAGGAAUGGUCACACCUUCUGAUGCCACUCAGAAUGCUAAAAGAGAUGGUUCAGCAACUGAAUUACUGAGCUCACUUCCAGUGAGGGAAGCUUCCGGUGCAGUGGGAUCACCGUCAGAGAAAAAUGCUAGUGGUGCCUCCGUCCCCGAUGCCCCCAUCAUUCUGAGCCCCCCACAGACCCCCACACCAGACACGUACAGCCUGGUCUGGAGGGCGGGGAAGGAUGGCGGGCUGCCCAUCAACGCCUAUUUUGUGAAGUAUCGAAAGCUGGACGACGGCGUGGGCGUGGCGGGGAGCUGGCACACCGUGCGGGUCCCAGGAAGUGAAAACGAGCUCCGUCUGACGGAGCUGGAGCCGUCCAGCCUCUACGAAGUGUUGAUGGUGGCGAGAAGCGCAGCGGGUGAGGGGCAGCCUGCCAUGCUCACCUUCCGAACUAGCAAAGAGAAAACGGCCUCAUCGAAGAGCACCCAGGCUUCCUCCCCCCCCGCGGGCGUCCCUCGGCGCCCGGUGGUCUCGGAGGCAGCGGAGCACUUUGGGGCCGUCCUGACUGACCCGUUGAGGCACAGUGGAGUUCCGGAGGCCCCUGAUCGGCCUACCAUCUCCACUGCAUCAGAGACGUCCGUCUACGUCACUUGGAUCCCUCGGGCCAAUGGGGGUUCUCCAAUCACUGCCUUCAAGGUGGAGUAUAAACGGAUGGGGACGAGCGAUUGGCUGGUGGCAGCUGAAGAUAUCUCUCCCUCCAAACUCUCAGUGGAAGUUCGAACUUUAGAACCAGGUUCAACAUACAAAUUCAGAGUCAUUGCUAUCAACCAUUAUGGUGAGAGUUUUCGGAGCUCGGCAUCUCGUCCUUAUCAGGUGGCAGGGUUCCCCAACCGCUACUCCAGCCGCCCUGUGGCCGGCCCUCACAUUGUGUACACCGAGGCCGUCAGCGACACUCAGAUCAUGCUCAAGUGGACGUACAUUCCAUCAAUUAACAAUGACACUCCCAUUCAAGGAUUUUAUAUUUAUUACCGGCCAACAGAUAGUGACAAUGACAGUGAUUACAAGAGGGACAUUGUUGAAGGCUCGAAGCAGUGGCACACGAUCGGACAUCUGCAGCCGGAGACCUCCUAUGAUAUUAAAAUGCAGUGCUUCAACGAAGGGGGCGAAAGUGACUUUAGUAACGUGAUGAUCUGUGAGACGAAAGUGAAACGUGUCCCUGGAGCUUCCGAGUAUCCUGUCAAAGACCUGAGCACCCCGCCCAGUUCUUCUGGAGGUGGGGGCCAUGUGGGGCCCGCGACCAGCCCCACCAGAAGCAGUGACAUGCUGUACCUGAUAGUGGGCUGUGUGCUGGGGGUGAUGGUGCUCAUUCUCAUGGUCUUCAUCGCCAUGUGCCUGUGGAAGAACCGCCAGCAGAGUACCAUCCAGAAAUACGACCCCCCAGGGUACCUCUGCCAAGGCUCAGAUAUCACCGGGCAGAUGGUGGAGUACGCAGCUCUGCCUGGCACGAAGCGGAUGAACGGAAGUGUGCACGGCAGCUUCCUGAGCAACGGUGGGCUCAGCAACGGCUGCUCCCAUCUCUACCAUAAGGUCCCGAACGGAGUCACUGGGAUUGGGAAUGGGAGCCUCAACGGAGGUCUUUACCCUGGGCACGCGAGCUCUCUAACCAGGACACGUGCGGACUUUGAACAUCCUCAUCAUCUGGUGAAUGGCGGCGGCAGGUACGCAGCAGUCCCGCAGACGGACCCCACCGAGUGCGCCGCCUGUCGGAACUGUUGGAACAACAACAGGUGUUUCACCAAAACGAACGGCACUUUCAGCAGCAACCCACUUUCCGUGGUCCCUCUGGCCGCACCUUGUCCCCAGGAUGGCUUGGAAAUGAAGCCCCUCAGUCACACGACGACACCUGUGUGUCAGGCUUCACCAGCCUCCGCCUGUGGCCCGUCACAGGAGAGCAGCAAGGAUGAAGCGGCGCCAGGACCUGCUCACCACGCCUGCUGUCCCGACAGCAGGCGUGGGGUUUACUCCGACACCACAGCAGGUGCAGCAGCGUCCGACAGAGGAGACAGCUACAUCCAUUCAGAAACAGAGAGCAACGUUUUAAGUUGGAAUCCUCUUAUUUUGCCUCCUGAUUCAAAGGACUGUGCUGGAAAGACAGCACAGUCUCCUCCUGGCGUUCCUCUGGACAGCCCUGCAGGGGCCCCGCAACAGCCGCAGGACACCUGAAGCCCAGCACAGGACAAGUCACUUCCCACUUCAAGCCAGUCACUGCACAGACCAGGCCUGGGGGUGGACUGCAUGAAGGACGUUAAUUCAAAUCAGAGAAAAGUCAUUAUUUAUUUUUGUAGUAGUAAUGUCAUAUGAAUGUAUCUGAAAAUGUGUGCCCUUUUAUAUUAUUUAUGCCUUAAAAAAAUUGUUCUUCCCUUUCCCUUCCCAACAGUAGGAAACAACCUAGUUUUUGCAUAGUUUUGCCUAGUUGCCAUCAUCCGAGAGCGUUCCAUGUCUUCCAAGAACCUCAGUGACAGCCCAGCCUGUGGCCAGUCCAGCCAGGAGCAAGCUGUGCGGGCCAUUCAGAGUUUUCAGAUGGAGAGCUGCCUUUCAGUCUUGUGCUCCUGGCUUUCUGAGGACGUUCUGAAACAGUUGUAGCCUACAUUUCUAACAGCAGGGCUCUUAGGGAUUUUAUCCGUGCCUUCCACAGAAGUGCAGCAGAUCAAUCAACUCACUGUCCACGUGGGCCCCGGUUCCGUCUGUUCUCCAGGCACCAGCGAGGUGCGGGCCAGAGGUGGGGUCCGGGCUGUGCGGUCCCAGGGAGGGAACCAAAGCCAGAGGGAAGAAGAAUGCCGUCAAGUCCUAUGGCUUUUAACAUUGCACGUGUUUAUACAAUGGUCACCUUGGGCCCCUUUUUAACUCUUCCCAAGAGUAGGGAUGAAAUAAGACUUUAAACUGAUGCCUUGAAGAGACGGAUUUACAUUCGGAGAAGACAGGGGAGGGUUCGCAGGGAGCACAGCCUGGCAGAAGCGCUCUGGUUAUCACAGGCCUGUGCUGGUGGGGCCCCUGCCCCUGCAAAACCACCCUUGCCCAGCUUCCCAUGUGGGGAUCUGACGGUAGAAAAGACUUCAUUUGGAGGGCCAGGACGCUGCGGUUUGAAAUUCCCUGACUUUUUUUGCAGGAGGUUGUCAUUGUAAACAGGCACCACAAGCUUUGGUUAGCAGAGCCCAUCAGUCACAGUUACGCUGCCUCGGAGUGACAGGGUAUUUGCAGCUGCCUUUGGAAGGCUUUUCUUCUUGGAUUCUAAAAAAAAAAACACCGCAAAACACAAAAACACUGUGUGUUGAAUAGCUGGAGCCCAGCUUUAAUGGAUCAUUGCUCCUUUUUGGGCGGUGUGUCCCUUUGGGGAAAGAAACUGAAAAUGAUUCUCUUCUGAGUCAGCAGUUUCAGCAUAAAUGAAAAAAUUUUACAGUUUCCCAGAAAUGACAGUGAAGUAGACUAGAAUACUAUGUUACUCAACUUUCUAUAUAAGUGCAUCAGUAUUCCCUUACAUACGUUUAUAUAUUUUAUAGAUAGAACUGUUAGCGGAAUGUGCUGUUGAAGCUGAGUCCCUCUGCAAGAACUCCUUCCGGUAGAAUGCGAGAGUGCGGUUUCGCGGGCAGGGAUUAGGGGCGUCCUAGGGUCAAGUUCUCCGUCCCGGGGGUCCGUGCCUGUGCUGUGCGGGAUUUCUUCAUGCUGCGUAGAUGCAGUUAGCUCUGGAGUGGGGGUGGCUUCAUCCCUGACUUCUGUGACUAGCAAAGGACGAAGUCUUAGGACCCAGAACAUGAAGCAUGCCCCAGAUUGUGGUCACGAAGCAAGUCCUAGAAAACCGGGGCGUGAACUCUGGUCGCCGUCAUUCUAAUUCAGGAAACAGGUGUGUCAGUGUGAGCCUGAGUCCUAAACUGCUUGUAAAGAUGAGUUUGAACGUGGAAUCUGUCCACCAGGCAGAGAAAACGACUCUACCUUUGGGGCAGUCUCACUGUGGACUGCUUUAUUUAUAUUGUCAGUAACGCUGUUUUAAGUGUUAUCCCUUUUAUUAUAUUUUAUUUAUAAAAAAUGCCUUUAUAUAUUGAGAUAUAUAAGUAUAAAUAUAAAUAUAUAUAUAUAUAGUUGCCUUCAUGUUUAGGAGUUAUGAGUUCCCCCUAACCACGAGUUGUUCUGGACUUCCACACCCUACACAGUCCCCGGAACUAGCCCUGCCUGGUGUCACUUCACUGGGGAGUCGAGGGCCGUGGGGCCCUGGGGGAGACGGCACUAACAUGGGCGCGGUGACUGCUGUGUCCCAGGCAGCAGGCUCAGAGCUUGUUACAGCUAUUUAACAAGCCCACAGAGUAGGUGUUGAAGUCCUCGAGUCUCACAGUGAGCUGCAGAGCCUGGAUUUGAACCCAGCAGACAUGGAGCCGAAAUCUGAGCUCCUUCCAUUUUUCCAUGCUGCUCUCCAAAAGCAUGUGGCUCCCUCUUUGAGUGGAGCCAGGCCAGCUCUGCACGCUCCGCCAGCCCCUGCUGCGAGACUCCUCUGAUGCUCCAACUCCGCACCGGAGGGAGGCGGCCCCUGGGCGCGUGGGCGUCUCUGCUCGCUGCUCUUUGUCUUCCCAGAGUUCCAUCUCUCUCUUUGAAGCGCCUACACCCCGACCCCCACCCGAACCUGAUCUUCACUUGGCUUAGUGAUACUGUAGUUGGGCAGGCCUCUUCAUGUUCCCUUUUGCCUUGGAGUUCUCUGUGACUCUUUGUUUUUACAUUAAACUUCCCCGUUUCUGUUGCAUCAUUUCACUAUCUCCUUUUUCCCUUUACGCACCGGUAGUCUGGCGACGGGUGACCAUACGGUGGCAUGCAGGGUGUCAGUUAAAUUGCAGUGUUUUAAACCUUUUGACGUGGUUUUUUAGAACAUUUCUUCCCGGUUUCAUUUCUGUCGGGUGAGUCUGAGGACCGGUGCGUCCCCAUUCAGGGGACUGUGCCCCAACUCUCGUUCCAGCUACAGCACUGCUGUGAGGUUCACUCCAAGAUUGGGUUUCACCUGCGUUGUUCUCUGUCAAAGCAGUGUUGAUGAGAUGCAUGUUUUUGUAUCAUAUUGAAAAGUAUGUUUUAUUUUCCUUGAAGUUGUAAUAGUGUGUUGGACAUUGUACAUAUUUUAAACGCUG